AUGGUGGAACAAACAACCCACUCAUUCCCCGACUCCUCAGACGAUAACCCCCAACUCCGCCGCCGCUUCAUCUUCCUCCUCCUCCCUCACCACCGACCUCACCUCCUCCCCUACGACCACCACCAAGGCCCACCACACCUGCUCCGCCCGCCACUCCGGCAGCUCUCCUGGCUCUGGCUCCUCCGCUUCCACAAACUCACCGCCUCUGUCGCUUGGCUCACCGACUCCUCCAUCUCCCUCAUUCGCACCGCCAACCGUCGCAUCUCCAGCCACCACCGCUCCGCUUCCACCUACUCUUCCCGCCUCUACAAAAUCAUUCGCCUCUUUUUAAUCCUCGUCCUAUUGCUUAUCUUCCUUAAGCUCCUCACCUACCGUCACGGAUGGCAACUCACUCCGCCUUCCGUCGAAUCCGCCGAGACCCUGGUAGAGCGCCUCUAA